CCAAUUUCUUCUUUUUUAAUACCUAAAAACAAUUUUUCCAUCUUGGUCUUCUUCUAAAUCUCUCAUAUCUCAUCUUCUACUUAAUUUUGUUUUACCAAAAUCUCAGCAAAUCCAAAAAAAAAAAUAAAAAAUCAAUGGCUUUAUGGCCUCCCUUCAGAAUCUCAAAAAAGCAUAACCUUCAUCAAAAUCUCAUUCUCUCAUACUAAAUUAUUUUUCUUUAUCUUCUUCGCUCUCUUUCAAAAAUCGUCAAAUCCUAAAAUCUUCAAAUCUCAUUCUCUUAGAUCUCAUCUUCUUCAGUGAAUCUACGACCUCUCUAAUGGCAGAAUCUUCUUCCCCUUUCUUUCAACCUCUGAAAUUCCUUCUUCAUCACUUUUCUUACCUUUUUCAAAGCUCCUCAUAAAUGGCGAACCCAACCAUUUUCGACUCCCUUACCCAAACACCACUCCUAAGUUUUGAAUCUAAAGCUUCCAGAAAAUCUCAGCCUCAAUUUCUCUCUCCUUCACAUCUCUCUACAUCUCUCUACAUUCUUCCCCAUACAUUUUCAAUUUCUCAAGCAACUUUUUCUCUUCUCCUCCACAUAAAAUCAAAUCAAUAGCAUUUAGUAUUAUUUUAAUCAAAUCAACUUUCUCUCUCUAAUAAAGUUAGAGUAUUAGAUAGCCAUCCAUUCAUUUUGUAUUAUGUUAAUUACUUGUACGUAAAAAUUCAUGGGGCCCAUUUUAAUUCUUGUAUUUAAGUUUCCUUUUCUCAUCAUUAUUAUUGAGAAAUUCUAAUGAUAUUUCUCUGAUAUUUCGGCAUCUCUCUAAAAUCAUUAAAGAAACAAAGAGAGAAGAAUAAUAAUAGUUACGAAAAUUUAUUUCAAAUAAAAAAAAUUACCAACAAAAAUUCAUUACAAUUUAAUUUAAUUGUAUAGGGAGAUAUUACAGCCUUGCUAAUCGUUUAAUACAUAUAUACGGCCACCACAGACAGAAAAAAAAUCAUCGUCAACAGGCAGAGACACCGCCGCCUCCACCACCGCCUCCGCCGGCACCUCCACAAUCGUGUCCUCCACCUCCAAAAUGACCUGCUGCGUGGUGACCGCCGGCAUCUCCAUGGUGAUGAUGGAAUCCUCCACCAUGACCAGCUCCGCUGAAAUAAGCACGUCCUCCGCCGCUGGAACUGCCACCAGCUGUCCAGCAAAGUAAACUCAACACCGUUAAAACUACACAAACGGAAACAAAAACCACUGGGAUUAUAAUAAACGGUUCAACCAUUGUUUUUAGAAUAUAAUUUCCCUUUUUUUCCUAUGAUAUCCUGAAAGUUUGAUUUUAUGUGUAUAAAUACGGAUUUCCUUCCAUUUAUUUAUAACAAACGAAAUGCAACCCGAUUGGUUCAACACGUUUCAAUUAUUUGAAUUUUACACGUAAAUGAAAUAUUGAUUUGUCAAACAUUCAACCAUUGGAUAUUUUCUGAAAGUUUGAAUAAUAGUACUUUUCUUAUAAAACAUUGCAUUCCCGUUGUGACAAAUCAUAAAAAGUUUGACAGAUUAUAAACAGUUGCAAUAUGCAACAUUUAUGAAGAUGUCACAAAAUUAUAAUAUUUUAUUGUUCACUGCAUCAUUAUGCCACCUUUUUGGUGGAAAGACAAUAUGAAAAAUAAAAUGUCUGAGCCCGGGUUCGAACCGGGGACCUCUAGUGUGUGAGACUAGCGUGAUAACCAACUACACCACCCAGACAAUUUCUGACUACAAUAAAAUUUAAUAUUAAAUAUUUUGAGUUUACAUUUUUUGUUAAAAAAUGAUGGGGAAAAAAAUGAAAUGCUAUUAUUAGAAGUGCUUGGAAGUAGAAUGAUGUCUAGUUGAAUAUGGAAAACAGAAAUGGAAUCGUUUUCAACUUGGCAGGCAGAGAGAGAUCACUAAAAAUAGGAAAAGUACAACUAAGCAAAUAAAACCACAUUCUUCAAUGAAUUAUUUACAGUGUCCAGAUGGGAAAGACAGAAACAAUUUAUAUAAAGCUGUGAGAGAAAAAGAAGAAUUAAGAGCGAUACAGAAGAAGAAAGGAAAAAAAGAGGGGGAAAUUUUAUGGACAAUGAGAACCGUCAUUCUUCUUCAGAUGCUCCUCGGAAAAAAACAGCUCGCGGUGGAUGGAGAGCCGUGAGAUUCAUACUUGGUAAGUUUUUGUGAAUGAAAUCUUGUUAUUUGCUCUUGGUUUGUUGAUUUUUGGUAGUUUUAAUUUGUAGGGAAUGAAACGUUCGAGAAACUGGCAUCGAUGAGCUUGAUUGGUAAUUUGGUAUUGUAUUUGCACACAAUGUAUAAUUUGGACAAUGUAGCUUCGGCUUAUGUGUUUCAAAUCUGGGGUGGUACCACCAAUUUUGCUCCCCUUGCUGGCGCUUUUCUUGCCGAUGCUUAUUUGGGAAGGGCAUGGGAGUGCUGUCACUAGGCGCAGGCUUGCCUCAAAUGAGACCUCCACCCUGCAUCAGUGGUGAAUCCAGUUGCCCACAACCUCAACCAUGGCAACUCGGCUUCCUCUACCUCGGCCUCGGACUAAUCGUCGUCGGAGCCGGAGGUAUACGGCCUUGCAACAUCUCCUUCGGCGCCGACCAAUUCGACACCAACACUGAAAAGGGCAGAGCCAAACUCGAAAGCUUCUUAAACUGGUGGUACUUGCUCUUCUCCAUCGCCCUUGUCAUAGCACUAACCAUCGUCGUAUAUGUCCAAACCAACAUCAGUUGGACCCUCGGCUUCGCCAUUCCGACUGCCUGCUUCGUCGUAUCGAUCCUCAUCUUCCUCUCUGGCCGUCGUUUUUACGUCUGCAAAGCACCACAAGGCAGUGUCUUUUCAGACUUAGCAAAAGUCGUCGUAGCGAUGUUCCGAAAGCGAAAAAUCCCAAAACCAAAUCAAAUUGAUCACUUACAUAACCCUCCAAUGAAUUCAUGUAAGUUAGCUCACACAGACAGGUUUUUGGUAUUUGACAAAGCGGCUACAGUGGUUGAUUCCUCCAUUGAAUUAGACGAAGAAGGGAAAUCAAAGGACGAAUGGAGAUUAUGUAGUGUUCAUCAAGUUGAACAAUUUAAAUGCGUAGUUGGGAUUAUCCCUGUUUGGUUAGCUGGAAUUGCAUGCUUUAUCUCAAUGCAACAAAUGGGUUCAUUUGGGAUUUUACAAGCCAUUCAAAUGAACAGAUUUAUAGGACCUCAUUUCCAAAUCCCACCAGCUUGGAUGAGUUUAACUCCCAUGAUUGCUCUAUCAAUUUGGAUUUACAUUUACGAGAAAUACGUCGAAUUCAUGAAGAAAAAAACCCAUAGCAACAAACGUUUCUCCAUGAAAACAAGAAUUGAAAUUGGGAUUGUGAUGUCGGUUCUAUGUAUGGUGGUAGCUGGACUUCUGGAGAAGCUCCGCCGUGAUGCGGCAGUCGAGAAUAAGUCGUUUGUAUCGCCGUUACAUGUUUGGAUGUUAAUACCAGAGUUUGCUCUGUCUGGAUUAACAGAGGCAUUUGCUGCGAUUGCGGUGAUGGAGCUUUUGACGACGCAUUUGCCGGAGAGCCUGAGGACAGUGGCCGGAGCGAUAUUUUUCUUGAGUUUGUCGUUGGCGAGUUACUUGAGCUCUGUUUUGAUGGGGAUAGUGAGCAAAAUAGGGAGAAUGGAAGCAGGAGAAAUGCAAUGGCUUGGAGGAAAUGAUUUGAAUAAAAAUAGGCUCGAUUAUUUCUUCUAUGUAGUUGGUGGGAUUGCAGCUUUGAAUUUCUUCUACUUUCGAUUCUUUGCUGCUGGGUUUUUACCAAGCCCCGAUGUUGAUCCGCGGCAGAAGGCACAUCAAAGGCAGUUAGAGGACGCAGAAUUGGGUCGUAGAUAAUACACAAUAACCAUUAUCAUUUGGGAUAUAAUAUAUAUACAUAUAUGAUUCUUUCAUUCAAUCAUUAAAAUUCUCUUCUUCUUCUUUUUUUCUUUUUUCUUUUUUGGUUUGUGGGUGUUUUCAUUUUCUAGAAAUAUAUGCAUUUAGGUGUUUCAUAGACUAUAUAUUCAUAUUUUUUUUUUUAACAUCCAAGAAUAAACAGCUUUAUAAAAUUA